UGGAAGAUCAUUGAUCCUUCUCUACUUAAAGGGACACAAAGUUAAGAAUGAAGGACAAACCACAUAGUUCCUGUCCAAGUUUCCUUGAUGGGCUGUGUCUGGGUGAAAAGGUCUGGAUACAAGGACCCCCAAGCACUUGCAGCUCAAACAUGUUUUAGUGUGGAGGAAGUCAAAACUUUAUAUGAGUUAUUCAGGAAACUAAGCAGUUCCUUAAUUGAUGAUGGGUUCAUAAGCAAAGAAGAGUUUCAAUUGGGGCUAUUCAGGAACAGCAAGAAGCAAAGCCUUUUUGCAGACAGGAUUUUUUAUUUGUUUGACUACAAACAUGAUGGGGUGAUAGAAUUUGAAGAGUUUGUUCGAUCUUUGAGUGUCUUCCAUCCAAAUUCAUCCCAAACAGACAAAGUUGCAUUUGCAUUUCAAUUGUAUGACAUAUCGCAAACAGGGUUCAUACAACGUACAGAGGUCAAGGAGAUGGUCAUGGCACUUCUAGAGGAGUCUAACUUAUUCCUAUCAGAUGACAUAAUUGAAGCUAUUAUUGAUAAGACGUUUCAGGAAGCGGAUUCAAAAGGCGACGGAAAGAUUGAUCUGGAAGAAUGGAAGGAACUUGUGGCUCGGAACCCAUCCUUACUACAGAAUAUGACCAUCCCAUAUUUGAAGGAUAUCAAAAUAGCAUUUCCUAGCUUCACAAUGAAAUCAGAAGUCGAAGAUGAAACCCCCAUAAUUUCCCUUCACAAACUUGAAAAACUGAACAGUAGUCCAUCCAAGUUUAAACUAAACAAACUCAAUAGGCAUCCUCAGCUAGGUCACUAAGGUGAUGAAGGAGCACAGAUACUAAAAGUCCCUCAUAGCAUUUAUGUUUGUUGCUAAGAUAUGUAAAUCAGAAGCAGAGUUUAAGUUACUAGCUGGUCCUUGCUAUAAAGAAAUGUUCAAAAUGAAAUAGAAUGGAAUUGAGAUUUCAACUAAA